AUGACGCCUCAAGGCCCUCGCAUAGCUGUGACGGAUCCCCUGGCCGACCUUCGCGCUGGCCUCCGAACAAAGGCCGAUGGCUCACCCAUCCUCACCUUUGACGAAGCUUCUCGUCCGCCCAUGUCCAGGCGCAACAGCGAUGCCUCAAGCAUUGGCGAUGCCCCCGAAGACUUCGACGAGUUCGACUGGAGCGAGGAUGAAGAGGAGCAGCAGCAGAAGAAGAAGGAGGACGCCCAAGCGUAUGCCAUUAGCCAGAGGCGAAAGAAGAUCAGUCCCUUCACAAUCAUUCGCUGGCUGGCAACGACUUUUCUUGGCAACUUUAUUAUCAGCGCGUCUCUCGCUGUUCCGGUCAUUGUCAUCCAAUUCGUCUAUCGUCCCGACAAGGGCGACAACAGCGCCGAGGCUCAACACAAGACGUAUGUCGCCGACAACAUCCAGGCCUGGUUUAUCUGGGCUGCCUUCAACCUCCACGUCGAGUGGUGGAUCCAUCUUCUCGUCGAACUCUUUCCGCGCUUCGUAUUGAGCAUCGUCAAGCUCUUUUGGGGCGGCAUCAACCAGAAGGCCCUCACCGGGGCUGAGUACUUCAACGCCAUCAAGGGCUACCUCAAGCCUAUCUUCUACGCCGCUCUCUCGUGGGGAUCAUGGGCCAUCAUCUUCAACUCCAUUUACAACCUUUACACUCGAACCAACCCAGAGACGGAGAGUCGGGCUAAGUAUCUAUACCGCAUCUACCAGGUCAUCGAAUUUCUCUUCUUCGUCUCCAUCACCAUCUGUGCCUCGAAGAUCCUCGUCAGGAUUAUUUCGAUGCGCUUCCACAAGACAGCCUACGCUGAUCGUAUCGCCAAGACGACAAAGGCGCUAAAGGUCUUCGAUCAUCUCAAGGACUAUCGGCCCAAGAGCCCACAAGGUGCUAGGACGCCGGCUGCGGGUGCCAGAACGCCUUUUAGUGCGCAUCCCUCGCCCACAGCAGAAAAGCCGUCCACCGUCACGCCCGCCGACGCAUACAUCGGCGAUGAUGAGGGCGACAACACAUCGCCUUCGCCGAAGCGAGGCUUUUUUGGCCGCAAGACGCACGCCGAGCGACGUCCAGCAGCUGAGCCCGUCACUGACAAGCUGCCCCCGCGCCAGAUUGGCCCUGAUUCGCAGGACCCAACGACACCCGGUUCUACCAAGCGACCCCGUGCUUCAAGGGCUACGACUGCUGUCAAGAACAAGACGGCUCAAGCCAGCGCCAUGGCGAGAGUGGCCAUGAACGACCCUACCAAGCUGCUCGACAGCAAGAAUGUCGGUGUCGACCUUGACGUCACGUCGCCGGCAGAAGCUCGUCGGCUGGCAAGGAGCAUCUUCCUGGCCUUCCGCGGCAAGCAUCGACGUAACUAUCUCGUACCCGAAGAUUUCUACGUCGCUUACAAGGAUCACAACGAGGCAAAGGAGGCGUUUGCCGUUUUUGACACGGAUGGAAACGGUGACAUCUCGUCGUCGGAGAUGAAGCGAACGAUCGUCAACACCUACAAGGAGCGCAAAUUUAUUUCCAAAUCUCUGAAGGAUGCCAGCCACGCCCUGUCGCAGCUCGACAUGAUUUUCCUCAUCAUUGCCUUCAUCAUUCUCAUCUUUGAGAGCUUCGCCAUCUUCAACGUCUCGAUUGAGAAGUCGCUUACGACGUUUUACACCCUGGCGAUUGGCGCUUCGUUCAUCUUCAAGGAGUCUGCACAGAACGUCUUUGACUCAAUCAUCUUUUUGCUCGUCACCCAUCCCUUUGACACCGGCGACCGCAUCGUCGUUGAUGACGCCGUCAUGACGGUGCGCAAGAUGUCGCUCCUCUCGAGCGAAUUUAUCCUUUGGGACAAUACUCAGAUCUUCAUUUCGAACUCCCUCCUCAGCCAGAUGUUCAUCACCAAUCUGCGAAGGUCUGGAUUCCAGUGGGAGUGCGUCACGAUGCAAGUCGCCUACGACUCGCCCCUCGAGUCACUAGACGCCGUUCAAGCCGAUCUCAUUCACUGGCUCCAGACAGAGCCUGAGCGAAUGUUUGAGCCAUCGACGGCCAUCGUCCCUCAGACGAUCGAUUUCCAGCGAUCGAUCACAGUCACCAUUGGCAUGACGCAUCGGGACAAUUGGCAAGACUGGGGAGGUCGCUGGGCUAGGCGAAAUGCCUUUUUUGCGGCCGUCUGCUACUACAUGAAGAAGCACGGUAUCAAAUACCUCAACAGCAACCAGCCGAUCAUCUACUGGACCGAGGACGCGGCCCAGCCUCCUCCUAAUUACGAAUCGGCACCUCGCGAAGCUGCUGAUGGCGACGAGGACGACGAUGACGACAGCCGUCGACCCAUCAGCGCGGACAACAACGGCCAGGUCAAUGACAAUUUCGCUCCCGCCGACAUACCUACGCGUCUCAACGGCAAGCCAAAAUCAUUCAUGAAUUUUACGCCCCCGUCCGACGAAAUCGAAGGGGCUGGUCUGCGCAUUCGCAAGUCGCGGCAGGCUCGCAAAGGUCUCGCAACACAAGGUGGCGAUGGAUGA